UAUUACCAUAACCCUUGGUGUAUAAGAAGCAGCAUCCUGGCGAACCGCAACGGUAAUAACGGAAACGGUAGUGGUGGUGGUGGCAGCGGCGGCGGCAGUAACGCUGCUGGUGGUGGAAAUGGAGGUGAGGGUUCACGACGGAAUGGCGCUGGCGGUGGCGGCGGCGCAGCGGCUAACGUUGCGGGUGGUGCCGGAGCAGCUGAGUGGAAUCCAGAGGAAAUUGACCGUUUUAGUUUCGAUGAUUCGGAUCGUUUCGAGGAAGACUCGCUUUGCAGUUGGAGUUCCGAGCCAGAAUCGCUAUGCAACAAUUGGCGUGGUUGGAAGAAACCCUCGAGUUUCGGCUUGACCAAUCCUAUAGCUAGUUCAACGCCAGCCAGCUGUGCCCCGCGUAGAAGUGAAGUGGAAGGCGAGGUUCCUUCACUCACCGAGCUCGCUGCGCACUGUGUCGCCUCAUACAUCCCCUUCGAAUUGGUUGAACACGUGUUUCCUCCCGUGCCAGAGCAACUGCAAUUACGUAUAGCGUUUUGGAGUUUCCCGGAUAAUGAAGAGGACAUACGUCUCUACUCGUGUUUGGCUAAUAGCUCAGCGGAUGAAUUUAAUCGCGGCGACCAACUAUUCAAGACUCGCGCCGUCAAAGACACACUGCAAAUUGGCUUUCAUUUAUCAGCCACUGUAGUUGGUCAAACACCACGUGCCCACUUCAAUGUGGCGGUUACCUUCGAUCGUAGGCGCAUAUCGUCGUGCAAUUGCACCUGCACCUCGCCCGCCUACUGGUGCUCGCAUGUGGUCGCCGUCUGUUUGCAUAGAAUUCAUAAUCCCCUAGAAGUAUGUUUACGUGCACCGGUGUCCGAAUCAUUGACGCGCCUACAACGCGAUCAAUUGCAGAAAUUCGCGCAAUAUUUAAUCAGCGAAUUGCCGCAACAAAUUCUACCGACAGCGCAACGUUUGCUCGAUGAGCUGCUCAGCUCACAGCCCACUGCCAUCAAUACAGUGUGUGGUGCGCCUGAUCCCACAGCUGGUGCUUCUGUGCAUGAUCAGACCAGUUGGUAUUUGGACGAGAAGACGUUGCAUGCUAAUAUUAAGCGUAUUUUAAUUAAAUUUUGCCUACCGGCACCCAUAGUUUUUAGUGAUGUAAAUUAUUUAACAAACUCUGCUCCACCGGCUGCUUCCGAAUGGAGUUCAUUGUUGCGUCCGUUGCGUGGUCGUGAGCCGGAGGGCAUGUGGAAUCUAUUGUCGAUUGUACGUGAAAUGUAUAGACGUUGUGAUCGCAAUGCAGUGCGGCUGCUGGAGAUCAUCACCGAGGAAUGCAUGAUGUGCGAUCAAAUAUUGAUAUGGUGGUUCCAAACGAAAUUGUCGCUGAUGAUGGGUUCCAAUGGGCAUGGCGGCGGCAAACACUCGAAUACACAUUCGAAUUCGACGGCCCUCCAACACGCAUGUAGUUCACUGUGUGACGAGAUUGUGGUGUUGUGGCGUUUGGCAGCGCUGAAUCCGGGCUUGGCGCCUGAUGAGCGUGACAUGUUGCACGCACAAUUCACUGCGUGGCAUCUGAAGAUACUCGAUCGUGUAGUGAAGUGUCGCAUGAUGCCACAAUCGUACAGCAACAAACAUCAACAGAAUUCAAGGUCUGAUGCUGAGUUGUUUGUUGGCUUCAAGCCGGCCAUUGAAGCUUGCUAUUUGGACUGGGAGGAGUAUCCCAUUGCGGGCAUCACGCAUACACACGAUACCAAUCCUAUAUAUUAUUCACCCUUCACCUGCUUCAAGCACACCGAUUCGAAAAGCGAAACGAACAGCGGUCAAGUGAAUGCCACGCAGGCUGUAAUGGCAAACAACAAACACUACAAUUACAUCAGCUCAUCCACAGAUCACGGCAUGCAUGCAGCGUUUAAGCAACGUCACGAGCGUCCAUUCCGCGAGCGCUUCUAUAUUUCGUCCAGCAACAACUCGAGCAACUCAUCAAGUGACAGCGUGCAUGCGCGUCUACAUCAAGGUCUUGGUGCGGUUGGUGUAGUAGGGGCUCCCGGUGGGUUAAUGCCCUCGGUAGCAGAUGGUUUAUUGAGCAAUGUUGGCGUUGGCAAUGCUUUGAGUAGUGUGGAAGCCAGCGGUCUACGUAUGGACGCUGGAACAAGUGGGUGUGGCAAUGGACAUGGCGCGGGCGUUCCCGGUGGCGGCGUCACCAUUACCAGCAUUAGAGGGCCUUCGGCUAUUGCUGAUUUGCCACGAUUGCCGAUGAGUAGUGUUUCCGGUAGCGGUGGUGGGGGAGGUGGCGACGGCAACCGUUCCAGCGCCAGCAGUGAAGGAUUUUGCGAGAAUGAAGACUUUGGCGGCGAUAGCAGCAGUAACAACCUCUGUGCUGAGGGUGGACAGACAUUGGAACCAUCCCACCCGGGCGCUGUAGGUGUCAGUGGUGGAAUUGUAGGUAUGGCAAUGCGUUUGGAGGAGACAGGUGUUCCACGUGGAUUCGAAGCGCUGGGUACGAUUGCUGUCACCGAUGUUCCGACUAUGGGGACCGUUGGGAAAAGUGGUGGCUCUUCAUAUCAAACAACCACUUCGUUAUCAUCUGACACAUCCUCAUCCACCUCAAGCUCCUCAUCGAACUCAUCCUCCUCUUCGAUGUUAAUGGGAGCAGCUGGCAUAGAUACAACUCCCGAACUUACAGCGAAAAGUAAUAGCACUAAAAUGGCAGUACCGGCCGUUAGACGUAUGUCGAAAGAUGAGUCUUUCUCCUCAUCCAGCGAUGAGUUCACUGCACAAGACUCGCCGCCUGUGGUAAAAUCGAACGAACUGACUCCCGUGGCGAGCACAUCGGCGGCAGCAGCUGCGUCAGCGUCAGCGGCAACACCGGCUUCUACAGUCGCUUCUACACCAUUAACAUUCAAUAAGCAAACGCCGGCCGUCAACAUUUCUCACGCAAAAGUAGCAGCAUUCGGUAGUCAACCCGUAGCAUCCACAUCGAGCGCAGUCCAACAUGCGACGGCGUCUGUUAAUGAAAAGCCGCACAUAUUUUCGAAUGUUCGCCCCACAGAGGACGCAUGGGAUAUACUUUUGGCGCGUGCUGAGGGUCUGCAUGCACAUGGACAUGGGCGGGAGGCGUGCAUAUUGGCGGUACGUCUGGCGGAGGAGAUGUUGGCAAACCCACCUAACUUGAUGGUGGAACUACCACAGAUCCCGAAACGGAAAGGCAAAAAUAAGAAUGUCAACCCCAUCUCGCACCACCUCACUGUAUUGGCAUCCUCCACUUUGUCGAAGUGUGCAUUCCUGUGCACUGUAUUGUCGGAGAACUCUGAGCACUUUCACAUUGCCUUCAGAAUUUGUUUGUUUGCGUUGGAAAUGCCACGUCCACCAGCCAGCACAAAGCCGCUAGAAGUGAAACUGGCCAACCAGGAAGCAGAUAUCCUCACGCUACUGAAAAGGAUUCCACUUAACGAACCAGAGGUGCAGGUUAUACGCGAACGUGCGGAAUGUCUGCGCAGCGGUACAUUCAAAAUGCGCGGUGAGGCAUUGCUGCCCAUCAACUUGGCUACGUUUAUCUUCGAUGCGCUGGCCAUGACGCUGGUAACUGUUAAGGAACAACGCAAUCGCUUAAUGAGCAUGAUGUAUCGGCUUCCUUCCGACGAGAAUUUGGGAUUCGAAGCAGCUGUCGCCGCAUUGGGGCUAAAAGCAAACGUAUCGGAGGCAGAACAUCCGCUCCUGUGCGAGGGCACACGUCGUCAACGUGGCGAACUAGCGCUUACACUUCUCUGCUACUACAAGGAUGAGCCUCGUAAGAUCGCGAAGAUCAUGGAAAAAUUACUGGACCGCGAGAUACAUGUUUUGCUAAAAUCACCGUUAUUACCAUCCUAUUAUUCGAGCAAUCCGCCGGUGCGCACCGCCGCGUCGUUCAUGUCGCGCCGUGAGGAUCACGAGUACAGUAGUGGCAUCAAUGGCGGGGCACACAAUGCCAAUUUCAACGAUAUGUUCCUCUCAGACUAUGGCUCUGUGGGCGGUAAUAGCCGCCCACAUAGUUCAACCAGCGCAGAACUAGAGUUGGGCAUGGGCGCGCUGAGCGUCUCAUCUUCGCUAGGCGGCGGCAGUGGUACAUUGACUGGCGCCGGUGGCAGUUGUCAAGCCAUGGGCGGACCUAGCGGUCAAGCAGGCGUUGCUGGUGGCGCCAACAGCCGUUCCAAGGAUAGCCGUUAUAAGGGCAAACGCGCCUUCCCCUCCAUACCCAAUCAGCCGUCGGAAGCCAGCGCGCAUUUCUUGUUCGAGCUAGCAAAGAAUUUACUGAUUAAAGCUGGUGGAAAUUCAUCCACGUCACUUUUCACACAAGCCACCACCAAUCAAAAUCACCACGGACCGCAUCGCGCGCUGCAUAUGUGCGCCUUUCAGCUAGGCCUGUACGCGCUCGGCUUACACAACUGGGUCAGCCCCAACUGGCUGUCGCGCACCUAUUCUUCGCAUGUGUCGUGGAUUCUGGGCCAAGCAAUGGAAAUUGGUGCACCGGCUAUAAGUUUUCUGAUUGACACUUGGGAAGGUCAUUUAACGCCGCCCGAAGCAGCUGGUAUGGCCGACCGCGCCUCACGUGGCUGGGACAACAAUAUGGUAUAUCCGGCGGCUGAGCUGGCGCUUUCCGUGUUGCCACAUGCUGCCGCACUCAAUCCCCAAGAAAUUCAACGCGCCAUCCUGCAAUGUAAAGAACAGAGCGAUCACAUGCUUGAGCGCGCCUGCAUCACUGUCGAGAAUGCAGCCAAGGGUGGCGGUGUUUAUCCCGAAGUGCUGUUCCAAGUGGCGCGUUACUGGUACGAGUUGUACGGCCACACCACACCGAACAACGAUCAUGAACAGCACGACGAUCAUCUGGAUCAUUCGGCGGCGAGCCUAAGUGCGCUGAUCGAGUCGCAUCAGCACCACGAAAUGCAACAACAAAUGCAGGCACAAGUACAAGCACAGCAGCAGCAGCAAGCACCAAGCGGGAUGGUCGGGCCACCGCCGGUUAUGGCAACAGGGCCCCCGGGUGGCCCCAAUGCGCCUGGUCAACCCGGUCAGGUGGUUGUUACCACAGCGCCGCAACCGUUCCAACAAGGUGUUGCCACACUAGCGUCCAUUGGGUUGCCACCAUACCCGCCAUAUAGUUUCUGUCAAAAUCUCUAUCAUCACAACAUCACCACUUACCCGGGCAAUCAAAUGCAAAUGUACAUUUCCGCUGGACCACCGCCACCGCAAGCAUAUCCGGGUUACCCACCGCCGCAAACGCAGCCACAGAAUGUGCCACCCUUACAGCCAGGUGGCGCUGCCCAACCGCCCCCUCCGUAUGUGCACCAGGCGUCUGCGCCUGGCAGUGGAUUUCCACCUCAAAUACCGCCACAACAAUUGCCACCGCAAGCGUACCAGGCGAUACAAUGUGGUGCGGCAGGCGCACAACAACCCGGCUUUCCCCCGCAACCCGGUCAAGGUGGACCGCCACAGAAUAUGCAACAAGUUGCAGCAGCCGCGGCAUACUAUGCGCAAUCAGCGCACCAACAAGGACCGCCACAACAUCCCUCACAAGCGGCUGCUGCAGCCAGCGUGGCCAUGGCCCAGCACCAGAUGCGGCAGCAACAACAACAAGGCGUGUAUCCGCCGUUUGUGCAAGCGCCGUCUAUACAGCAGCCGUCAGUUCAUGCUGCGCCGCCACAACCGCCUGUGCGCCAACGACAUCCACAUCAGUUCACCUCAACUCAAUUGCGUUAUCUGCUUGCCGCCUACAACGUCGGCAUGUUGGCCAUGGAGACAUUGGCGCGUCGCGUACACGAUGAUCGUCCUCAAGCGAAGUAUGCCCGCAAUCCACCCUACGGCGAAGACGUCAAAUGGCUACUGCGCAUCUCAAAGAAACUUGGCACGCAAUAUCUACAUCAAUUCUGCAUAUGCGCGGUCAAUUCCAUUGUUAGUCCGUUUGUGCUGCACGAUGUGGCUCUAGAUUCGGCGCACUAUCUGGGACGCAACAAUCAUCAGUUGGUAAUGCAGCAUUUGCGCUCGGCGCUAACGCCCUUGGUGCAAAAGUGUCAACAGAUGUACAUUCAAUGCAUACACCAGAAGUUAUACCAUCUGACCCAGGCCGAUUACGAGGAUUUCGCAAGCAUAAUCUUGGCAGCGCGUGCCGCAUUUCAAAUCACACCCGAGGGCAGUGGUCAGUUCAAAGAUUGGUUGCAGUCAAUCAAAAGAUCGAAAUCGUGCAAGAAAGAGUUGUGGACUCAAAUUAAUGCAGCUUUGCAAAGCAAUUCCAAAUGACAAAGACUUGAUUCAUUUAGUUUGCCGCAUUCAUCAUCAGCCCCCAA